AUGACCUCUUCUUCUAUGAGAGCUACACUGGGUGCAGUUGCGAUUUUUGCCGUAGCAGUUCAGCAAACAGGUGCUACAUAUUCUUGGGGCACGAACAAGUUCUUCCCCAGUCCUUCGAACUGUGACAACAAGUGCUCCGAUGCCCAGAAGACUGGGUUUGACUGGAAAACCCUUUCGGUCGGACCUUUCACUUCAUUUGGCGAUUUUGAUUUCUCAGGAUUUACCUGCAGUGAUCAGAAGCCCGUUGAGUCAAAUUUCCAGAACAAAUGCAUUCGAGGCAAACUGCUCAGGGGUUCCUCUAGCGAUGGGCCAAACAUCUCGUACGGGAAAUCCACCGGUUUCUCCAUCAACGCUUUCCAGAUCACAACCGAGCAGGACACGGAUGUCGGCUUUUUGUACACAAUGCCGGAUGGCUCCACCUGCAAACACACCACUCCCUGUUCCAAGGGCGGUUCUGAAGUUCAGAAUACACAGUGUGGAGGAGCGGUCAGUGUGAAGUUCAGCCUCCCAGAAUACAGUAACCUGGAUGGUUGUGGAUUUGCAAUCCACAAAAUAGAUUUUGACUGUGAGGUUUCAAAAACCCCCCUCAACAAGGCUUUUGAGCCACCCAAGGACGAUUAUCCUACCUAUCCAACAAGCCCCAGCCCUGGCCCUGAGACUAAAGUCCCGUCUUUUUCCCUAUCUUUACCCUGGGUUACUCCAUCACCUAAGUCGUAUUCAGAACCAUUGCCGAAUGGGACACAACCUCCAGAAACUAUUUCGGAAAUCCCCUCGGAGACCCCAUCAGAGGCGCCUUCAGAAUACCCUUUGGAAACGCCCCACCCGGUGAACAUGACUUCGGGAACCCCCCCGCCACAAAUGACGCCUUCGGAGACGACUCCUCCAAAUGGGACACCUUCCCCGACCGAUAUUAUAUCCUACUCAACUUCAACGGUGUAUGCAACUACCAAAGUUACUAUUACCAAUUGUCCCCCAGGAGUUCCUUCAUGUCCUGCUGGUUCCACCAAAAUUGUCACUUCCACUGUCGCUAUCUCAACUACAAUUUGCCCAGUGACUAUCACGCAAACAUCCCCUGGUCCAAUUGCUACAAAUCCAAACCCCAGAUAUCCAACGCCAUCAGAUACAAGUGCCUCAAUCUCUGUCUCUCCAGUUUCAGAUACUACUUACCCCGUUAACAUUCCAAUUCCAACUCCUUCUACUCCCUCUGCUCCUGUCUCAAGUACUACUUACCCAAUUAACAUCCAAAUUCCUACCCCUUCUAUUCCUCCGGUUUCGAUCCCUGACCCUUCAUAUCCCGUUGGCCAAUCUACGAGGACAGCUAAUUUAAGUAUUCUACCCGUCUCCGACACCCCUCCACCGGGCGUUUCUGUAACUGAUAUUACAUAUAUCACUGUCACUAACUGCCCAGUUACAAACACUAUCACCUCUGGUACCUCUGAAAUAAUAAUUACUACUUCAACGCUUUCCACCAUUACAGUAACGACCACCGGCACUGUAUGCCCAGGAUGCGCUAUUCCUACCUCCCCCGGCUUACCUGAUACCUACUAUGUAACACCUUCCCCUCCUGCACCUCCCAUCACUGGCCCAUAUCCAUCGUCGGCUCUACCUGUUACCAAUUCACCUAUCCCUUCGCCUUCUGGGAUACCUCCCGUUGUUCGAAUUGAAGCACCAUGUCCAAAUAUAGUGCCGCAGUGUCUAAACACCUGGCUCUAUAAGGUUCCUAAAUGUUCUUCGAACAGUGAAACCAGCUGCUUCUGCCCUUCCCCCGACUUCACAUCAUUAGUGAUUGAAUGUAUCCAGUCUUGGGGUACGUCUAAGGCCGAAAUCCAAACUGCUCUAUCCUAUUUCACUGGUAUCUGUGCUGCAUAUGUCCCCGAAAAUCCUGGCAUUGUCACAGCGAUCCCAUCGACAAUUGACCUUACCCCGCAGCCGCCUCCGCCAUCUACCGCUGCUCCAACAGAUGACUCGUAUCCCUUAACCCCUGCAUCUGAACCUGCAUACACCACAUUCGCUGUCUCUCAAGUGAUAUCCGUGUCUGGCACAGGACCUACCACUGUCAGCUCAAUGGUCACUGUACCCCAUGUACAGUUCAUUACCGAAACUGCUGCUGGCCCAACCUAUGCUGUCGAUGUGGGUCUUGUUCCGGUAGCAACGGCUCUUCCCGUUAAGACCCCGGAAGAGAACCCACCCACAUAUGACACGGUGAACCAGGCCUCGGGCUUCACCACUGUGCCAGUUAUGCCCACGUCUAGCCAAUAUAUCGAUUUCUUUACAGGAGCCGGUUUCUCACUAUCGGUCCCAUUUACCUUGUGGAUGGUAUCAGGCAUUACCGUUGUUAUGGGUCUCUUGCAGUAG